UGCCCGAGACCUGUCGGCUGGCCCCUCUUCUGACCUCAGACAAUACUAAACAACAAGUGUAAAUUCAACAGUAGUGUAACGGCUGAAGCAAACACAAAGCUUGGUUGGUCCAUAGUCCCUACUCUGUUGAAGAGCUAAACUGAUUUGUUUUGGAUGCAGGGCUGCGGAUUAGAGCCAGUUUCCUCCUCCUCCCUCUCUUCCCUGACCUCGAUGUGUUCUGCAGCAGUGUGGUUCUAGAGCAGCAGAGAGACAGAUUAGUGGACCUCAGUGUUAACACUAUCCUGUUGCCAUGUCAUCAGUAUAAUCAUAAGAAUGUGAAUAGCUGCUUAUUAGAACGUGUUUCAGGGUUGUUUUGAAUGAACUGAGUGAAAAUGAAGUCUUAAUUUAAACGUGUACCAACAUUACGUUGUUCAUCUGCGUUGUUUAGGCGAUCUACUACCUGACGUUGCACCAUCCCUAUCUAAUGUGAUUGAGCCUAUUUCCUCUUCUGUCACACAGGGCCUUGAACAGUAGUAUGGACUACGAGAGACCCAAUGUUGAGACCAUUAAGUGUGUUGUGGUGGGGGACAACGCCGUAGGGAAGACACGGCUGAUCUGUGCUCGGGCCUGCAACACCACUCUGAACCAGUACCAACUACUGGCCACACACGUCCCUACGGUCUGGGCUAUAGACCAGUACAGAGUCUGUCAAGAGGUGUUGGAGCGCUCCAGGGAUGUGGUGGAUGAGGUCAGUGUGUCUCUCAGGCUGUGGGACACCUUUGGCGAUCAUCAUAAAGACAGACGCUUCGCAUACGGAAGGUCAGACGUGGUUGUGCUGUGUUUCUCCAUCGCCAACCCCAACUCUCUGCAUCACGUCAAGACCAUGUGGCACAUGGAGAUCAAGCACUUUUGUCCCAGGACGCCUGUCAUCCUGGUGGGUUGUCAGCUGGACCUGCGUUACGCUGAUCUGGAGGCCGUCAACAGGGCCAGGAGGCCAUUAGCCAGGCCGAUAAAGCCCGGAGACAUCCUUCCUCCAGAGAGUGGCCGGGAGGUGGCCAAGGAGCUGGGCAUCUCCUACUAUGAGACCAGUGUGUUCGACCAGUUUGGCAUCAAGGACAUCUUCGACAAUGCCAUUCGAGCCGCGCUCAUCUCCCGUCGACACCUGCAGUUCUGGAAGUCCCACCUCCGGAAGGUCCAGAAGCCCCUCCUCCAGGCGCCCUUCCUGCCUCCCAAAGCACCGCCCCCUCUCAUCAAGAUUCCAGAGUGUGUCAUCAACAACGGGGAGGGUCCUGGCCUCCUAUUGGACAGUCCUCUUUGUGCUGACGUCAUGUUCAUCCUCCAGGACCACAUCCACAUCUUCGCCCACAAGAUCUACCUCUCCACCUCCUCCUCCAAGUUUUAUGACCUAUUCCAGAUGGACUUCAGUGACGAGUCCCAGUGCCUGGUGGUGACGGAGCGGCAUGCCCGGGACUCUCUCCUCAGGACCCUUAGUCUGGACACAGAGGAGGACGUGGCUGUGCUCCCCAACCUCUCCCCCUGCUCCCUCCGGGCCUCUAAGAGUGACGGCACCCUGAAGAUGAUGAGCUUCUCUGGUAAGCACCGGCGCACCAAGCUGUCCUUGGCCUCCUGGAGCAAGGCCUUCUACAGCAUCCACAAGGAGAGUGUGACCAACCCUGUGACGGGCUCCCCGGCUCACAUGACGGUGGUGAAGAUGGACUACUCCAUCCAGCUGGGUCCGUUCAGUGCCGUGUUGAGGUUCCUCUACACUGGGGAGCUGGAUGAAGAGGAGCGGGAUCUGAUGAAGAUCGCCCAGAUUGCGGAGGUCCUGGAGGUGUUUGACCUGAGGAUGAUGGUGGAGAACAUCAUGAACCAUGAGGGCUUCAUGAACCAGGAGAUCACCAAGGCCUUCCACGUCAGGAAAUCCAACCGCAUCAAGGAGUGUCUCAACAAGAACACCUUCACAGACGUCACCUUCAGGUUGGAGGAUGGAACCAUCAAUGCUCACAGACCUCUGCUCAUCUCCUCCUGUGAUUGGAUGGCUGCUGUGUUCGGAGGAUCCUUCAUGGAGAGUGCUAACAACGAGGUCUCGUUCCCAGGCACCAGCAGGGUGUGUAUGCAGGCUGUUCUGGAGUAUCUCUACACCAAUCAGCUUUGUCCCAUGGCAGAGUUAGACCCUAUGGAGCUGACAGCCCUGGCGAACAGACUCUGUCUCCCCAGACUGACUGCUCUGACAGAACACUAUGCAGUGAGUGAGCUGGUGAAAGCCUCCAAAGAUGGACAGGAUAUAGACGGCGAAGUACUAACCUAUCUGGAACUGGCUCAGUUCCAUAAUGCUAACCAGUUAGCAGCUUGGUGCUUACAUCACAUCUGCACUCACUACAACAAUGUCUGUGCCAACUAUCGCAAAGAGAUCAAGGCCAAAUCUGCAGAGAACCAGGAAUAUUUUGAGAAGCACCGCUGGCCCCCGGUGUGGUACCUGAAGGAGGAGGACCACUACCAGCGGGUGAGGAAGGAGAGGGAGAAGGAGGACGUGGUUCUCAACAAACACCACAGCAGACGACGUUGGUGCUUCUGGAGCACCUCACCUGCCGUGGCCUGAGAGGUCUGAGAAUGGUCUGCCCAGCCCCAAACCGCCCAGGGAAUCUGCCUCCUGCCCCGUGCUACAGCUUCUAACCCUGCACCCCGCAAAGAGGUCCCAACAACACACGCUGUACCAAUGUUUUACUGUUAGAUCAUCUGAGCAUCAAAACAGGAAAUAACUAUCUGACGAUGCACUGUCAUGUGCCACCCUCUUCUAUUGAUGCACUGUCAUGUCCUACCCUCUUCUCUUGAUGCACUGUCAGGUCCUACCCUCUUCUCUUGAUGAUACAUUGUCAGGUCCUACCCUCUUCUCUUGAUGAUACAUUGUCAGGUCCUACCCUCUUCUCUGUAUGAUACACUGUCAGGUCCUACCCUCUUCUCUUGAUGAACUGUCAGGUCCUACCCUCUUCUCUUGAUGAUACACUGUCAGG